ACAGGAAACAGAGAGAUAUAACAGAGGGAAAGUUAAUGUUUUGAUUGUCACUGAUUCUCAUGAUUUCAUCCAGAAUGGUGCUGGCUGUUUUCUUUGUGCUGCUGAGCCUCACAGGAGCUCAGAGUCUGAAGAUCUGCUCCUUCAACAUUAAAUCCUUUGGAGAGAACAAAGUCUCUAAUCCGGAUGUGCUGGACAUCAUAUUGCAGAGCAUCAUUCGCUGUGACCUCAUGCUUGUACUGGAGAUUAAAGAUGCUAAGGGAAAAGCUUUUGAUCAACUCAUGACUAACUUAAACAGGUACCAGACACAAACAGAUGAAUUUAGUUACGUCCUGAGUGAGAGGCUGGGAAGGAAAUCAUAUAAGGAGCAAUAUGCUUUUAUUUACAGACAGAAGAUGGUGUCUGUCAAAUCCAUCUAUCAAUAUCCUGACAAACAAACUGGAGAUGAAGACGUUUUUGCUCGAGAGCCAUUCGUGGUUUGGUUUUCAACUCCCAAAACAGAAAUCAAGGAUUUUGUCAUCAUCCCUAUUCAUACUGUCCCAGAGAACGCUGUGAAAGAAAUCGAUGAAUUGUAUGAUGUACAUGAAAACGUCUCACAAAUGUGGCAGUCGGAGAAUUUCAUCAUAAUGGGGGAUUUCAAUGCUGCCUGCGGUUAUGUACCUAAAAAACAGUGGGUGAACAUCCGUCUGCGCUCAGACGCUCAGUUUGUGUGGCUUACUGGUGACAAACUGGAUACAUCUGUGAGGGCGUCUACCAAAUGUGCUUAUGACAGGAUCGUCCUCCAUGGAAAGAAGAUGAUUGAGGCUGUAAAUCCAAAAUCUGUGGAGGUUUUUAACUUCAAAGACGAAUUUGGACUUACUGAGGAGCAAGCUUUGGCUGUAAGUGACCACUUUCCUCUCUGCAUUACUGUAAAUCCAGCAGAAAGAAGAUAAAUCAUCUAUUUUUUUUAUCUUACACUUUUACUGAAGCUCUGCUCAGUUAUACGACUGAUCAACUUAACAACUUGAAAACAAUAAAUCAGUGAUCCAUUCAGUAAACAGAAUUUUAUUAAGGAUAUUUUUGUAGAGACGAGCACAAUGUUUCAUUGAAAGGUGGUACAGAUCUUCCUGUACUAGUUAAUUAUGAACCAGACACCCAAGAGUGUUUACUGGUUGCUAUGAGACAGUAAGGGUUAGUUACCAGCUCAUUUCUUUCGCUACUGUACUAUAUCUGUUUCUCUCCUUUAAUUAACUCUAUAUAAUAACUUUGUAUUGUAUCUGACAUGUAUCUGCUCCUGUAUAGCUCAAUGGUAGAGCAACGCAAAAGGUCAUGGGUUCAAACCCAGGGAAUGCAAAUACUGAUUGAAAAAAAUGUAUACGUUGUAAUGCACUGUAAGUCAAAACAUUUUGCCAAAUGCAUAAAUGUAACCAAAAAGU